AUGUCUGCGGAUCAGGCCAGCACAGACCCGGCGAGGCACGGCGCUCCUGAUGUGGUGGAGCGAAAAUCUUCCCGCGCGAGCACACGAUCCCGAGGUGCAGACCGCGCGGGAGGGCAACCACGACGAGAGGAGCAAGUCACAUGGGACGUCGUCUCUCCGGCUCUGCGCCCUGUCAUCCUUCUCGGCUUGGCCGCUGCCAUCCUGGGCUGGUGGAUCUGCUCUACCAUCUUGAAGGAUACGCGGCAUAGAUGGGUUGUGCAGACGUUCUGGGCGUGGUUCUUCCUUCUUGUCAUCGCGUUCCGCUGGAUCCCAAAUCGCGUCGUGACCCACCCUGUGAGCGCAGUAUGGAUGCCAUGUGUCCAGGAGCCGUGGUACAAGCUGCCAUACCGCCUGCGGUUAACUGUCGGUUGGCUGUGCUUGUUGGGCAUCGUCUUCGGCUCUGCCUUUGGUGACCGUGCAAUCUCCGUGCUUGGCCUCUUUGUAUUCCAGUUCUGCUUCUGGCUCUCGUCGACCCAUCGGUCUGCAGUACCAUGGCCCACUGUCAUUGUUGGCCUCUUCAUUCAGCAGGUCAUUGCGAUGUUCGUGCUGAAGUCGGGCGCUGGCUUCAAACUCUUCCACUGGAUUGCUACCGCAGCGGCAGAUUUCCUGUCUCAGUCCCAGGCCGGUGCAGCGUUCUUCUUCAACACGGCAUUUGUUGCCAAUGGGUUCUUCUUCGUGAACACGCUUUCCGCUGUCAUCUUCUUCAUCGCGUUCGUGCAGAUGAUGUACUAUUUGGGUGUCAUGCAGUGGCUGAUCAAGGGCUUCGCAUGGUUCUUCUUCAAGCUCCUCAACGUCUCAGGAGCCGAGGCCGUCAUCGCCUCCGCGUCACCGUUCGUCGGACAGGGCGAGUCAGCCUGUCUCGUAAAGCCUUAUGUCGACCUCAUGACGCCGUCCGAGCUGCACCUCACCAUGACUUCGGGCUUCUCCACCAUCUCCGGCUCCGUGUUGACGGCGUAUAUCAACCUCGGUGUGCCGCCGCAGAACCUGAUCACAGCGUCGGUCAUGUCAAUCCCCGCAUCGAUCGCCAUCAGCAAGAUGCGCGUCCCCGAGGUAGACGAGCCGGUCACGCGCGGCCGCGUCGUCGUCGACCAGGGCGUCGAGAAGAACCCGCCGGCGAACGCGCUGCACGCCUUCAGCCGCGGCGCGUGGUUCGGACUGAUGGUCGCGGGACAGAUCCUCGCGAACGUGCUGACCGUGGUGUCCCUGGUCUCGCUCGUGAACGGCCUGCUCACAUGGAUCGGCAAGGGCUUCGGCAUCCACGCGCUCACGCUGCAGCUCAUCCUCCGCUACGUCUUCUACCCCGUCACGUUCUUCGUCGGCGUGCCCCGCAACGAGAUCCUCCGCGUCGCGGAGCUGCUCGCGACGAAGCUCAUCGAGAACGAGUUCGUCGGGUACACCGACCUCAAGGCGAUCAUGGCGAGCGACAACCCGCUCUCGCAGCGCUCGUUCACGAUCGCGUCGUACUGCCUGUGCGGCCUCGCGAACCUCUCCUCGCUCGGCAUCCAGAUCGGCGUGCUUAGCGCGCUCGCGCCGUCCCAGGCGAAGGUCAUCGCGAGGAUCGCGCCGUCUGCGAUGCUCUGCGGGUUCAUCUCGACAUUGCAAGCCGCGGGUAUUGCGGGGAUGCUCGUCUGA